GUCGUGGAGGUUACAUCGCCGGUGGUGUUUGCGCAUUUCUUUUCGUAAUGUUGGAAGGUGUCAAACAUGUUUUGUUAGUGCUUUCUGGUAAAGGUGGUGUUGGAAAAUCAACAAUCAGCACACAAUUGGCACUUGCACUUAAGGAAUCAGGUUUUCGAGUUGGUUUGUUAGACAUCGAUCUUUGUGGACCUAGUGUGCCUUAUUUGUUAAAUUUAGAAGGCAAAGAUGUUCAUCAAUCUUCUGACGGAUGGGUGCCAGUGUUUGCAGAUAAGGAACAAAAAUUGGCUGUCAUGUCUAUAGGAUUUUUAUUAAAAAGUCAAAAUGAUAGUAUUGUUUGGAGAGGUCCAAAAAAAACUGGAAUGGUUAAACAAUUUUUAACAGAUGUUAUUUGGCAAGAUAUUGAUUAUUUAAUCAUUGAUACACCACCAGGAACCUCAGAUGAACACAUCACAGUAAUGGAAAACUUAAAAAAUGUUAAAUGUGAUGGUGCACUUAUAGUAACUACUCCACAAGCAGUUGCAGUGGAUGAUGUUUUACGAGAAAUAACAUUUUGUAGGAAAACUGGGAUUCAUAUAUUUGGUAUUAUUGAAAAUAUGAGUGGUUUUGUCUGUCCAUCAUGUUCAGAAUGUACAAAUAUAUUUUCCGCGGGUGGAGGAAUAGCUCUUUCUAAAAUGGUAAAUGUUCCAUUCUUAGCAAAAGUGCCUAUAGAUCCACAAGUGGGAAAACUAGCACAUACUGGUCAAAGCAUUCUAGUAACAUUACCUGAUAGUCAGGUAGCACAAGUGUUUCGAAAGCUAGUCGAGGAACUUACCCAGAGCAAGGAAGCAUGAAAAAUUUGAUCUCAUGUACACGGUGUUCUCAAUGAAAUACUGUACUUGUUCGUGAUGAUAAUAUUAGCCCUCUGCGAACUUUCGCAUUUUUUAAAUAUUUUUUAGUAAGACUAAAAAUAAGAUAAAUUAAUUUGAAAAGAAAAACAUUCAGGUUUUAGUGGAAAAUAUAUUAUCAUGACAUAAUAAUAAACAUAUGAGACAUAUGUAAAAUAUUUGUAUACAAAUAAUAUAUAGGAUCAUAAGGGGAUCGUUUAAUUGCAUUUUACAUAAAAGAGGUAGAAUAUAUGUGUACAAAUACAACGAUUUUUAUAUAAUAGCAUUUAUGAGAAAUAUAUAAAAGAUUUUGCACAUUGUAACAAAUUAGUACAUGUGUGUAUAUAUAAUUCUGUGUCAGUGUUAAUAAAACAUUUACAUUUUACAUUUUAAAGUUUUUGUACAAAAAUGUGAAUAGAUUAUUAUAAUAUCAUUGUAUAAUGUAUA